AUGAAUUCAGGCAAUUGUACUCCUGUUUUCUGGACUUCGGAAUCAAUGCUGAUGAUCAAGAUAAUCGAGGUUAAAGAGGUCGUUGCCGCGAACGGCCUGGCGACCUGAGGAGUAUGCGUUGGUACGUGUGGUGGGCUGAGCUGUGACCUCAACACGGAGUAGUGGUCGAUCGAGCUUGACGGUGAUUGGUCGAGUAAGCCGCGUUCAACAUGGCGAUAAGACUUAGCUGCAUCCUAGAGAUUGAAAAGCCGCGCCCGGUCAUUCCGCCGCUUUAUGCAACAUGGCAGCUACAAAGGGUGUGUUCGUGCCCCCAUUGUUCAUGUACACACCAACCAAGACGCCUUUGCUGACCCAGCGCUGUGGAACCGCGUCGGGCACUGAUCCCCCAAGCAAUCAAAUAGUGUCCCGAGGUCCAUCACCAUGGUGGGGUUGGAGCUUGGACUCGGCCCUGAGACAGGGAUCUACGCCGCAGGGCUCAUCACUUCCUUCGUCGCUUACAUCGUCGUCUACCGCCUCUUCUUCCACCCCCUCGCGCAGAUCCCAGGCCCCAAGCUCGCAGCUCUCACCUUCCUCUACCAGACUUACUAUAGCUUCAAAGAUGGUAGUCGCUUCUACAAGCAGGUCGGCCUCCUGCACGAGAAGUACGGUCCUAUUGUGCGCAUCACCCCCAACGAAGUUUCCUUGAGCAACCCUGAGAACUACGAGGCGAUAUACUAUGUAGGGUCGAAAUACUCAAAGGACCCAAGAUACUAUGAUGCAUUCGGCAUGGAAUAUGCUUCCUUCACCUCCUGCCCUAACGAGCUGCAUCGUCUCCGUCGCGGACCGCUGAACAAAUUCUUUUCACGGGCGGCAGUGCUGGAAUUGCAGAACAUCGUGAAAGAGAAGGCCGACAAGCUAUGUGAUCUGAUAACGAAGAAUUCAAAGGCGGGGGAAAUGCUGGAUAUCCAUCAUGGAUGCCGCGCUUUGUCGGUUGAUGUAAUCACUCAGUAUAUGUUCAACAAGUCCUAUGCUCUUCUCGAUGCUCCGGAUCUAGGCACCCAUUUCUUCGAGCUGGUCAGAGGCAUUGGCCCUGCAUUAUGGGUUUUCCAGCAAUGGCCGGAGCUGAGCAUCAUGAACCGCCUUCCCCAAUGGAUGUUGAGAAAAAUGAGCCCGCCUCUUGCGCACAUCCUAGACCUGCAAGAACAAGCCAAACAACAAAUCCUCGUCACCAAAGCCGAUAUCGACUCCGGCCGAGUCAGCAAAGACACUAGCAAAACAAUUUUCUACGAAAUGCUGACGCCAAACCCCGAAGAAGGCUGGGUCCCACCAACUCCAGAUCAGAUCAAAUACGAAACCUACGGUAUCUUGGCAGCAGCAGCAGAUACAACGGGCAAUGGGUUGACGACAGGAGUAUACGAGGUGAUCAGGAAUCCCGAGAUCUACGCAAAGCUCACGGCAGAACUAGAGACCGCAUUUCCAGAUCCAGACGCCAAGAUGGAACUUUGCGUUUUGGAACGCCUGCCCUAUCUGUCUGGCGUCGUGAACGAAUCCCUCCGUCUCUCCUUCGGCGUCAUUUCCCGCCUCCCGCGCAUCGUCCCGCAAGGCGGCGCCAAUUUUGAGGGCUACAUGAUUUCCGCCGGCUUCACUGUUUCCAUGUCCUCUUGGGUCCUGCAUCGCAACGAAGACUACUUUCCCCAUGCACACGAGUUUAUUCCUGAGCGGUGGGCGCUAACCAGCGACAAGCAAAAGAUGUGGAAGGCGUUUGUUCCGUUUGGAAAGGGGAGCAGGAUGUGUGUUGGGAUGCCGCUUGCUCUUUGUGAAAUGUACGUGACCUUGGGGUCCAUCUUCCGAAGGUUCAAGCACUUGAAAGGGAAUGAAUUGAGUGAAUACGAUCUGUUGUAUGAUGAUUUUUUUGCUAGUCAUCGGCCGAUGGAUGCUGUCAAGCUUCAUAUCAUCGAGCAAGAUUUGAAGGAAUAAAGACAUGGGGACAAGACUUACAAGACGAAGAUAAUUCGAUGCCUGCUAGUUGGUGUACGGGCUAUACAGGUUAUCAAAGCGAGACAUGGUUGUGUGACAUCUUGAUACAAUCGUGAUGGUACGUUCCACGGUGAAGCUUGUUGGCAGCUUGUAAGUGCAAGUGAGGUCGUAGAUUAAUUUGCGA